ACGAUUCUGGUUAAAAUAGGCAAAUGUUUAGGUGUGAUACACGUUGAUUCUUAACUGCACAUAUAAGCUUGUCGUGUUUUCAGUAGGAUGCAAUAGCAAUAUUCAGGCCAUAUCGUGCGGCUACAGUAAAGUUAUAUUACUCACCACCAGGUGGCGACAUUGAUUCACGGACGAGUCGCUUGUGCUUGUAUGGAUUGAGUAUGGCUCAGCGCACCGGGCCAUCAUCUUCUAAACCAAAUAAAAUAACGCCCAUGUUAGAAACGCAGCAGCCACACACUACAUGAACAUAUAUAGCAAUGACUUUACUUGGAUAUUAUGAGUGUUUUAUUUUAUUAUGGUACAGUUUAUUACUAUUAUUACUUAAAAAAUAAUUUUUGACAUUAUGUAGCCUAUCAUGUAGGCUAUUAUGGGUAAAAGCAGUUGUUUUCUUAUUUUCUUGUUUUAAGAAAUAGAUAUGGUCUAUACAUUAAUAUAAUUAAUAAAUCUAUUGUUUAUGAUGAUGAUGAUGAUGAUAAUAAUAAUAAUAAUAAUAAUAAUAAUAAUAAUGUUAUUAUUAGCCAAUGCCAUGUUACUUCCACUAGUUGCUCUCUCUCUCUCUCUCUCUCUCUCUCUCUCUCUCUCUCUCUCUCUCUCUCUCUCUCUGUUCCACGCUCUCUUUUACUCUAAAAUAAAUAGGCUAUAAAAUAUAUUCAGAUGAACAUCACAGUUUUUGGUUUGAAGGCGCUCCGGGCUGUGCAGGCAGCGCACGGAUGCCACUGUAGCCAUAGCAACGCGCCGCACGCGCGGUCUCUCUACCACAGUUGGUGUUGUUGGGAAGAAGUAAAUCCGCGCCGCCGCGUCUCCGCCUUCACACUCUGAUCUCCACCCAGUGGAAGAGCCAUGGACGAAGCGGAGGACGGCGACGAGGACCGCAGACGUGAGGGGGGUCCGAGGCUCGACAGCGGAGGCUAUGCCCACCUCGACCCUUCCAGGACCAGGUGUUUAACUCCAGGUGGGGGAGCAGCACCGAGCCAGACCUCUAACAGCAGCGCCGGCGGUCCAAACGAGCUCCGUGCGUCCCGCGAUACGGACCGCGCGCCUGUCUCUCUGUGCCAGGGCGACGCGUGCGGCUUCGGCUUUGGAUUCAGUUUCACGAGCAACGACGACGACACGAGGACCUCUGCCACUAGUGUUGAUGUGGAGCAAGAAGACGGAGGCGAGGAGGAGGAGGACGUCGGCAUGAGACACGCCGUGAACGGAGACUGCAGGAGAGGCACGAGCUCACCUUCACUCCAUUCCAAACAGGAGAAGCAGACAGGUGGUUCGGUCACACCUGAGGAGAGAAGAGCGGGUAGCGCAUGCCCUUCUGUCACCAUGGACGGCUCGAUUACGCCCGUCGGCACCGGAGCCGCCGAGCCGGAGAAGAAGGACUCCCGGGUGGCGUUUUCCAGCUCGACUCCGGCGCAGCCCGCCGCGCUGUCCAAGACCGAGGACGGACAGCUGACAGCGGAGGACGCAGAGGCCAGGGACAGUCAGACCUACAUGCAACGGCAGUUCAGCUCCAUGCUGCAGCCCGGAGUGAACAAAUUCUCCCUGCGCAUGUUCGGCAGCCAGAAGGCGGUGGAGAAAGAGCAGGAGCGGGUCAAAUCUGCCGGGAACUGGAUCAUCCACCCCUACAGUGAUUUCAGGUUCUACUGGGACUUCACAAUGUUAAUGUUUAUGGUUGGCAACCUAAUCAUCAUUCCAGUUGGCAUCACCUUCUUCAAAGACGAGACCACCACCCCCUGGAUUAUCUUCAACGUGGUCUCAGACACUUUCUUCCUCAUGGACCUGGUGCUUAACUUCCGCACGGGUAUUGUCUUUGAGGACAACACGGAGAUCAUUCUAGACCCUAAAAAGAUCAAGCAGAAGUACUUGCGGACUUGGUUUGUAGUAGACUUCAUUUCAUCUAUCCCUGUGGAUUAUAUUUUUCUCAUUGUGGAGAAAGGCAUCGACUCUGAGGUCUACAAGACAGCGAGGGCACUGCGGAUCGUGCGCUUCACCAAAAUCCUUAGUCUGUUGCGGCUUCUGAGACUUUCAAGACUUAUCCGCUACAUCCAUCAGUGGGAGGAGAUCUUUCACAUGACCUAUGACCUGGCGAGUGCUGUCAUGAGGAUCAUUAAUCUGAUCGCGAUGAUGCUGCUGCUGUGUCACUGGGACGGCUGCCUGCAGUUUCUGGUGCCCAUGCUGCAGGACUUUCCCUCUGACUGCUGGGUUUCCCUCAAUAAGAUGGUGAAUGACUCAUGGAGCGAGCUGUACUCCUUCGCCCUGUUCAAGGCCAUGAGCCAUAUGCUGUGCAUCGGCUAUGGACGCCAGGCCCCGGAGAGCAUGUCUGAUAUCUGGCUCACCAUGCUGAGCAUGAUUGUGGGAGCCACCUGUUACGCCAUGUUCAUCGGCCACGCCACUGCGCUCAUCCAGUCGCUGGACUCGUCACGCCGCCAGUACCAGGAAAAGUAUAAACAAGUGGAGCAGUACAUGUCCUUCCACAAACUUCCCGCUGAUUUCCGGCAAAAGAUCCAUGAUUAUUAUGAACACAGAUACCAAGGCAAGAUGUUCGACGAGGAGAGUAUUUUAGAGGAGCUAAAUGAGCCACUGAGAGAGGAAAUUGUCAACUUCAACUGCCGCAAGUUAGUGGCCUCCAUGCCGCUUUUCGCAAAUGCUGAUCCCAACUUUGUGACCGCCAUGCUGACCAAACUCCGUUUUGAGGUCUUCCAGCCAGGGGAUUACAUAAUUCGUGAAGGGACCAUUGGCAAGAAGAUGUAUUUCAUCCAGCAUGGGGUUGUGAGCAUCCUUACCAAAGGCAACAUAGGCAUGAAGCUCUCUGAUGGAUCCUAUUUUGGAGAGAUUUGCCUGCUGACUCGGGGGAGACGCACGGCCAGCGUUCGAGCCGACACCUAUUGCCGUCUGUUCUCACUCUCUGUGGACAACUUUAAUGAAGUUCUGGAGGAAUAUCCAAUGAUGAGGAGAGCCUUCGAGACUGUGGCCAUUGACAGACUAGAUCGGAUAGGCAAAAAGAACUCCAUUUUGAUGCACAAAGUCCAACAUGACCUAAACUCUGGAGUUUUCAACAACCACGAGAAUGAGCUAAUUCAGGAGAUUGUGAAGUAUGACCGAGAGAUGGUGAAACUAGUGGACCUGCAAAGACCCAGGGCCAUGUCGGCCACUCAAUCCACCUAUGGGACCAUGUUUCCUUCAUCCAAUCAGCCUCCAACAGGUUCGGCAAUUGCCACCCUGCAGCAGGCUGUAGCCAUGAGUUUCUGUCCCCAGAUGGCCAACCCUCUGGCAGCCCACGGAGCUCUCCAGUCACCCCGUAUGGUCCGCCGUUUCCAGGUAGUUCAAAGCCUUUCCAGCCCUGGGACCCAGCAGACCCCUCCAGGCUCACAGUUCCCCAGCACUGCUCUACCCUCUGCCCUCACCAGCACGCCAGUCCAGAGCCCAUUGGCUACCGGCAGUCGAACAUUCCAGUACAGCUCCAGUCCCAUGGGCGCUCCUUCAGGCUCCCAGCUGUCCCUGGUGCAGCAGCACAUCUCCAGCCCUACGCACCGAGCAACAGUUCCCAGAAGUGCAAUGACCCAGGAUGCCAGGGCCCUCUCAGCCUCCCAACCAUCUCUGCCCCAUGAUGCCACGCAACUGGCUGCCCCAAGCCCACCCCAGUCCAUGAGAGUUUCCUCCACCUCCAUUGGACCACCUCACAGCCUACCAGGGCCCAUGGCCUUCAGGGCUGCAAUUCCUCCCAGGAUGACACUUCAGCACCAGAUGUCUGUGGGAGCUUUCCCACCUGCCUCUCUACCACAAAUGAGGCCAAGCCAGGACUCAGGACUGCCCAAGAAAGAUUCAGUAGUCAGCCUUCCAGACACAGACCAUCAUGUUAGAUCUAGAUUAUCUUCCAAUUUGUGACCUUGAUGGAGCUGGGUGUGUAGGUGUCUCUUCCUUCAGCAAGUACAUUUCUCACCUCCUUGUCAUGCCCUGGAUCUUACUUUAAGAAUGUACAUGGAUCAAA